CAGAACACGUCGAUGAUGCGCGUGCGCGACACCAAGAUAUUCUUGGUGUCGGCGUACCACGACCAGCGCGAGGCCGGUCAGAGCACACGCAUCAUCGGCAUCGCCAACCAGUAUGAGCCGAACGUGCUCUCCUGCCACUUCUGCUGCCGAGGGCACUCGGAGAUCCUGACGGUCACCGCCAGCGCCUACGUCCACUCGGAUCACUUUGACUUCCCGUACGGCACGGCCGACUUCCUGUGCACGGAGCCGCUGGACUGCGAGCCGGGACACGUGUCCGUCCAGCGCAUGCGCACAAUACCGGACGAGGAAGAGGCCGAGUGGGUCUUCAUGCCCGUGCGAAAUCGGCUCUACAUGCCCCCCACCAUCACACAGGAAUUCAGCGUCUGCAUCUCCACGCUCUUCGGGAACUACGGCAACGUCCUGCAGUUCGUGCAGGCGAUCGAAAUGUACCGCAUCUUGGGUGCGGGCCGCGUGACGGUGUACAACACAAGCUGCAGCUCUGAGCUGAACAAAGUGCUCCUCUACUACAUCAAGACCGGCCUCGUCGAGGUCGUUCAGUGGCCCAUCACGGACUACGUGCGGGUGUCCAGAGGGUGGCACUACCCCGAGCACCCAGGCGAGCUGCACUACUAUGGCCAGAUAGUGGCGCUGAACGACUGCGUGUAUCGGCACAUGUACAGCACGCGCUACCUGGUCCUCACGGACAUCGACGAAGUGAUCAUCCCUUUGAAGCACACAAACUGGAAGGACCUCAUGCGGUACUUGAACGACAAGUACGGCGCCGACAUUUACACAUUCGAAAACCACGUGUUUCCCUACACGGUAUCGGAAGAGUUUGGGUCGAAGUUCCAGGCGUGGAACGCCAUCCCGGGCGUCAACAUCAUGCGCCACAUUAGACGGGAGCCAAACCUGCCGGAGGUCUUCAACCCGACCAAGAUGAUCCUGAACCCACGCGCGGUGCUGCAGACGUCGGUGCACAGUACGCUCAACGCGCUGGGCAUCUCGCAGACGGUGCCCGGAGACAUCGCGAUCAUGCACCACUACCGAUCGCCCAAGCAGCCCGACCUGCCGCUCGACUCGCUGGUCGUGGACCUCACGCUGUGGAGAUACAAUGCCACUCUGAUCAGAAAUGUCAACAAGGUCCUCAACUAG